AUGCAGACUCCAAAAUGCCCCAUCAACCAGUCAGAGGGCAAUGAUAUGCCGAAACCGCAGGAGUACAACAACAAAUGCCCCCACGAGCAUAAGAAAAUCGCGGGUGAUGUCGACGAGCGUCCAUCAUCAGACGCCGAUCCCAGCCGUUCCUCCCCGGAUGACUACACCAAGCCAAUAAAUCGCAGAGCAACAGGCAGUCUCUCCGGAGAUUCCCACUUAGACGCCUUCCUCCGCCAGGGCCGCUUGAAUAAAUCCACGGAAGUCAGCCCGUCAAAGCGCUUGGGUGUGACAUGGGAGCAUCUCAGCGUGCAGGGCAAUCAAUCUGAUACGGCAUCUGUAAAGACUUUCCCCGAUGCAGUUCUCGGCACUUGUGGUCCGGAUCUCUAUCGCAUUCUGAGCGGCUGGAUCCCGUGGCUGCGACUGAAGAGAGAGAUCGCGGUUAGGACCAUCAUCAAAGACUUUUCCGGCAUUGUGAAAGAUGGCGAGAUGCUGCUCGUUCUGGGAAGGCCUGGGUCCGGUUGCUCUACUUUCCUCAGAUCCCUCGCCAACGACCGCAAGCCGUAUCAUGCUGUGCUGGGUGAGGUCAGUUACGGUUGUAUUCGGGCGGAGGAACAGGCUACUCACUUCAAAGGUGAGGUAACUUACAGCCCUGAAGACGACAUCCACUUUGAAAACUUGACCGUAUGGCGGACAAUUAUUUUCGCACUCUGGAACAAAACGAAGAAGAAGAACAAAGAAGAGCGACCUCUCCUUGCUGAAGCUUUGCUACGAAUCUUUGGCCUCGGGCACACCAAAGACACCAUCGUGGGCAACGAAUUCACCCGCGGUGUGAGUGGAGGAGAGAGGAAGCGAGUCACCAUUGCCGAGACAUUGACGAGUAAUUCCACGGUGACGUGCUGGGACAACAGCACCCGCGGCCUGGACAGCUCCACGGCUCUCGACUAUGCGCGGUCUUUGCGAACCAUGACGGAUAUCAGCAAGCGGACAACCAUCCUAACCCUUUACCAAACCAGCGAGAACAUCUACAACCUGAUGGACCGCGUCCUGCUUAUUGACACCGGUCGCUGCGUAUACUUUGGACCUGCUCGUGAUGCGAAAAACUACUUCAUCGACUUGGGAUUCCAUUGUCCGGAUCGUAUGACGACGGCCGACUUUCUCACAUCAGUGACUGACACCCGAGAGCGUCGCAUACGCCAGGGCUAUGAACGCCGUGUCCCACGAACGCCUGAAGAGCUCGAAUCUGCAUAUAAAACAUCAGCCUUUUACCGCCUGGCCAAGGAGGAGAUUCAUGCAUACAAAAAGGAGCUUCAGGCGACGGGGUGUACAGCCACCAAGAAUUUUCGCGACGCCGUAUUGGAAUCCAAAAGCCGGCUGGUCCCGAAGAGGUCGCCGUACACUGUGAGUUUCGCGCGCCAGGUGGCUGCGUGCACGCGCCGUGAAUUCUGGCUGCUCUUUCAUGAUCACACUACCAGCCUUACCAAAGCAUGGGUUACCCUACUGAAUGCCCUCGUGGUGGGAUCCCUUUUUUACGGUCAGGUCAGCGAUACGUCCGGCGCAUUUGGUCGCGGUGGUGCGGUCUUCUUUUCGAUCCUCUUCCUGGGCUGGGUGCAACUCAGUGAGCUAAACAAGGCGGUUGCUGGCCGGAUCGUGAUUCAACGACAUAAGAACUAUGCGUUCUAUCGGCCGUCUGCUGUGGCCAUUGCUCGUUCCGUGGCAGAUCUUCCAGUUCUACUGGUCGAAACUGCCCUUUUUUCCGUCAUCAUGUACUUUCUUGCAACCUUUGAAGUAAAUGCGGGCAAGUUCUGGAUCUAUUUCCUGCUGGUAUUUGUCAACACCUAUUGCACGACUGCCUUGUACCGACUCUUUGCCGCCUUAUCACCGUCUCUCGAUGACGCUGUGCGGUUUAGUGGGAUUGCAUUCAAUCUUAUGAUCAUUUACACUGGUUAUGUCAUGCCAAAGAGAAAAUUGUUUGGCGAUGCUCCUUGGUUUGGAUGGAUACACUGGAUCAGUCAUAUCUCAUAUGCCUUUGAGGCCGUGAUCACUAAUGAAUUCUCCGGCAAAGACAUGCCAUGCGCGCCAGCUGAUACCGUGCCCCGUGGCCCUGGCGUCGACGCCGCAUAUCAAGGCUGUGCCAUUCAAGGAGCCGGGGUCAACAACCUCGUCGUUAGUGGGCAGGACUACCUAUCAACCGCGUAUCAGUAUCACCGCGGUGAUUUGUGGCGUAAUUUUGGAAUCCUGGUAGCAUUCACUGUCGCUUACACUGGACUGUCGGCAUUGUUUGCCGAGAUCCUCCAAUUUUCGGAGACGUCUGGGGGCGCUCUACUGUUCAAAAAGGGUUCAACUCCGCGAUUCUCCCAGCCAAAAGGCAGGGGCCAUCAGCCUCUCCCAAUUUCGGAAAGUGACAGGAUUUUCACCUGGAAGAAUCUUGAAUACACUGUUCCGUACGGCCGCGAGGGCGGCACACGCAAGCUGCUAGACAAGGUCAGCGGAUAUGCUAAGCCGGGAGUGAUGGUUGCCCUUAUGGGAGCCUCUGGAGCGGGAAAAUCCACCUUGCUCAAUACUCUGUCGCAGCGACAGAAGGUGGGCGUCAUUACUGGCGAUAUGCUGGUCGACGGAAAGCCACUGGGUCCCUCGUUCAAGCGAGACACUGGUUUUGCGAGCAGAUGGACCUGCACGAUGGCACUGCUACCAUCAGAGAAGCUCUGGUGUUUUUCAGCCGUACUACGUCAGAACUCGGGCACGCCCAUGAAGGAGAAACUGGCAUACGUGGACACUGUCCUUGACCUACUCGAUCUUCACGAUUUACAGCAUGCCAUAAUCUCUUCCCUGGGCGUUGAGCUCCGCAAACGCACGACCAUUGGGGUGGAACUCGUGGCUAAGCCGUCCCUUCUUUUGUUCUUGGAUGAGCCGACGAGUGGCUUGGACAGCCAGUCCUCAUUCUCUAUUAUCCAUUUUCUGAAACGUCUCACCGCGGCGGGCCAGGCGAUUGUCUGCACUAUUCACCAGCCGAGCUCGGUUCUGUUUGAACAAUUUGACAUGACCAUCAUCGACUACUUUGGUGCUCGUGGGGCGCACUGCCCACCACAGAAGAAUGUGGCAGAGUUUAUCCUCGAGACAGCCAUCAAAGGCACUCAGCAAGCGGACGGUAGCUGGGUGGACUGGAACGCCGAGUGGCAGGCAUCAGAUGAGAAUGCAGCUGUUAUGACGGAGAUUGAUCGCGUCGCCCAAGCGGCAGCAGCAGCAGCCGCAUCAAACGAAGUGGAAAACACCUCCUCAGGGCUGAACACUGAAUACGCUGUGCCUGUAUGGCUCCAAACAGCCAUGCUUACACAGCGCAUGUACCGGCAUUAUUGGCGGGACUCGUCCUACCUCUACGGCAAGUUGUUUACCUCGGUCAUUAUUGGCGUCUUCAACGGGUUCACGUUCUGGCAGGCUGGGCAGAAGCAGUCCAUUACCGACAUGCAAGACGUCAUGUUUUCAUGCUUCAUUCUGAUCAUCAUUCCAUCCAUCAUCGUAAACGCCGUCCUUCCCAAGUUCUACUCUCAUAUGGCGCUGUGGCAAGCCCGCGAGCUUCCCUCGCGGAUCUACGGCUGGGUGGCGUUUUGCACGGCGCAGAUUCUCGCCGAGAUUCCUUAUGCCGUUAUGGGUGCUGUCGUCUACUGGCUGCUCUGGUACUAUCCUACUGGCCUUCCUGCCGACAGUAGCACGGCUGGAUACGUUUUUCUGAUGACUGUGCUCUUCUUUCUCUAUCAAGCCAGCCUAGGCCAAUGGAUCUGUGCCUGGGCUCCUAACUUUACCGUCAUCAGUAAUAUUCUGCCGACGUUCUUUGUGAUCUUCUCUUUGUUCAGCGGAAUUGUCCGCCCAUACAGCGAAAUGACAGCAUUCUGGCGAUAUUGGCUGUACUACGCCACACCUUCGACCUACUGGGUCGGUGGCAUUCUCGCGGCUACUCUGCACGAUAAAGCGGUUGUCUGUAGUCUCUCGGAGACAGCUCGCUUUUAUUCGCCGCCAGGGCAAACGUGUGAGAGCUAUGCCCGCGAGUUUGUCGACAGCGCCACAGGCUAUCUUAUGUCAUCGGAGCAACUCCCGGACCUUGGUGCGGGUGAAUGUGCCUACUGCCCAUAUUCGUUGGGCGAUGACUAUCUUGCAACGUUGAAUAUUGCAGCGGCAGACAAAUGGCCUUGCCUUGGGGUGUUCCUCGCGUUCUGCGUCAGUAACAUGAUGCUGGUGUAUUUCUUUAUCUACUGUAUUCGCAUUCGAGGAUGGACUUUUGGGCUCAAGGGACUUUCGCGACUGGUCCAGGGGAUCUUUAAAAGGCAGAACUAG